AUGGAUACCAAGUUCAAAUAUUUUGAAGUAUACAUCAGAAACGCAAGGGGAUUGCAACUCUUCACCUGUAGAUGGUUGCCUUUUUCUUCACCGAAAGCACUUGUUUUCCUUUGUCAUGGCUAUGCCAUGGAGUGUAGCAGAUUCAUGAGAGGGGUUGCUGAAACGUUAGCCAGUGCUGGAUAUGCAGUGUUUGGUGUUGACUAUGAAGGACAUGGACGUUUUGCAGGUGUUCGUUGUCUUAUAACUAAGUUUGACAACAUUGUUGAUGAUUGUGAAGACUUUUUCAAGAUAAUUGGGGAGCUGCCAGAAUUCAAAGGAAAACCUAGGUUCUUGUAUGGGGAUUCAAUGGGAGGCUCAGUGUGCUUAUUGCUUCAUAGAAGGGAUCCUUCAUUUUGGGAUGGUGCUAUUCUUGUUGCACCUAUGUGCAAGAUAUCAGACAAACUAGUGAAGCCAUUUCCUAUUGUUGUGAAUGUAUUGACCAAAUUUGAAGAUAUCAUACCAAAGUGGAAAAUAGUCCCCACAAAGAAUAUCAUUUCCACUGCCUUCAAGGAUCGUGCCAAAAGAGAAGCGAUAAGAAAUAACAAGUUGAUAUAUCAAGACAAGCCGAGACUGAAAACAGCAAUGGAAAUGAUAAGAACUAGCAUGAGCCUUGAAGAUAGUCUAGAUGAGGUAACAAUUCCAUUUUUAGUGUUACAAGGAGAGAAAGAUAAAGUUACAGACCCAGAAAUAAGCAUAGCAUUAUAUGAGAAAGCUAGUAGCAAAGACAAAACCAUUAGAAUGUAUAUGGGAAUGUGUCAUGGCGUAGCAACGGGAGAGAGUGAUGAAAACAUUGCACUUGUCUUUAGAGACAUCAUAGCUUGGUUGGAUCACCGCUCUACUAGACCAACAAUUGAUACCACUAACUGUAACGAUCAACCCAAUUGCUGGCAUGAAAAUUCAAAAUAA